AUUUAAUGACAUUAAUGAAGAAAAAAAUAUAAUAAAAAACUUUGCAAGCUGCCAAGCAUGGCAACUACAAGAAAAUUGGACUGUAAAAAUUUGCACGGUUACUUAAAAACUUUACCAUGGCAUGUUUUAGACAAACUAUAUUCACAUCCUGCGACUUGCUUGGCGGUCUUUAGACAAUUACCAGAUUUAUCCAAGCACUAUGUUAUGAGGAUGUUAUUUAUUGAACAACAUGUUUCACAAUCAGUGGUAAAUCUAUGGGUUAACAGCAAAUACCAAGAUGAGCAGAAACAAGCAGUAACAGCAUUAACUGACCUGAGAGUAUGGCAUGAAGAGACUAUGACUGGUGGACUUCAGGGAUGGAAAAUGAAUCAAACUUUUAGAAAGAAUAUGAAAAUAGCCUUACUUGGAGGGGGAAAUCCAUGGACUUCAGGAGGAGAACAGCUUGCACCUGACAAACAUUCCAAAGACAUACCAUUCCUAGAUAAAUAUGCCUUGGAAAGAUGGGAGUGUGUAUUACAUUUUAUGGUUGGAUCCACUGAAGGUACAGAAGGAGUCAGCAGGGAUAUAAUUGAUGUUUUAUUACAUGCUGGUCUAAUGAAAAGUGAUAGUUUGGAGCCCCUGCCAUCCAUCACACCAGAAGGAUUUCAGUUUUUAUUGAUGGAAACUGGUUCCCAAGUCUGGUACUUUGUACUCCAGUACCUGGAAACUGUUGAGCAAAGAGGAAUGGACCUUAUAGAAUGUUUGUCAUUUUUGUUUCAACUGAGCUUCUCCACUCUUGGAAAGGAUUACUCAACAGAAGGAAUGACAGAAAAUCAGUUGAAAUUUUUGCAGCACCUGAGAGAAUUUGGUUUAGUUUAUCAGAGAAAGAGAAAGUCCAACAGAUACUACCCUACAUUACUGGCUAUAAAUUUAGCCUCAGGACUUUCUGGUUUAUCAUCUGAUUCACAGAGGUCUGGCUAUCUAGUAGUAGAAACAAAUUACAGAGUGUAUGCCUACACAGAUUCACCACUUCAAGUUGCUUUGUUAGCAUUGUUUUGUGAAAUGUUAUACAGAUUUCCAACAAUGUCCAUAGGAAACUUGACCAGAACUAGUAUCAGAGAUGCUCUUGCCAGAGGAAUUACAGCUGAACAGAUGGUAAAUUUUUUAAGAAGUCAUGUCCAUCCAAUGAUGUUGAAAAAUAAUCCAGUAAUACCACCAGCAAUUACAGAUCAGAUCAGACUUUGGGAACUGGAGAGAAACAGGUUCAAGUUUACAGAUGGUGUUCUUUAUAGUCAGUUCUUAUCACAAACAGAUUUUGAACUACUCAGAGAUUAUGCAAAGGACUUAGGAGUAUGUGUAUGGGACAGUCCAGAAAAACGUGUAAUGGUUGUCACACGAUUUGGUCAUGAUGAUGUCAAGAAAUUUUGGAAAAGAAAUAAACCAUCCAACAGUUGAAAUUCAUAAGAUAACAUGCAUUUCUGUUUACAAAGGAACAGAUUAAAAUGAUUGGGCUAGCCCAUAACAGCAGGAAAUUUUUGACAAGAAGACAAAGACUUGAUAGCCUGUUAAUCUUAUCUGAGAUACCACGUUUUUUGUGGGUAAAGCAAGAUUUGUAAUAAGGACAUUAUAGUAAUUAGUAAUUACUGUGAACUCUUGAGAAAUAUGGAAUUUGUACAUGGUGUUAAAACUAUUUUGCAACAAUUAUAAUUUAUGAAUGUAAUUAUAAUAAAAGCAGAAUCUAAUGAAAA